AAUAAUUUGUAAUUUUUACAUUUACGCUCACCGUAUUCUUUACUUUCUACUACCCAUCAAACGAAGCUAAGCACUUGUUGUACAGUCGCAACUCGCAGUCCAUCUUCUUCUCCUCCUCUCUCUCUCUCUCUCUCUUCUAUACCAUGUCGGACUUCCGUUAGUGUUUUAACCGAAAAGAAAUGUUAAGAAAUCUUCAAUCUCGGCGGCGGCCGCGUUACGGUGCACAGGUAUGCGCCGCCAUCUCAGCUCUUCUCCUCUUAUUUUCUGUCUCUCUCCUCUACUCUCGCCUUUCUCUCUCUUCCAAACCGCACAUCUAUCCCCACCACUCUUCCAUUGACAAAAACGACGACGUCGCUUUCCCCAAUAACCCUCUCCUCUCCGACUCCGACGAUGACGUCAGCACCACCAACGACGACAAAAUUGACGAAUUCGACACCCUCGAAGAUAAUGACACCGUUUUAACCGAAGACGACAACAACAACAACGAAAUCGAGCAAAAGGAAGAACAAGAAAUCACGACAAUGAAUCAAAAAAACAAGAUCUUUUCAUCUGGGCAUUUUUAUUUCGACCAUUUGAGCGGGUCAAUUAAAAGGGCUUCCAAUAAACGUUCGAUUGAAGAUUGGGAUUACGAUGGAGGGUUUUUGAACGAAGGGUUUUUGGGAGAAGAUGCUAAGAUUAAGAUCGCCUUUGGAUCCGAUGAUAUUCCAUUAGAUGAGGAAGUUAGGAGGAAAAUGAGUGAAGUGGAAGGUGUCGAAGAUGCUUUGUUGGUGAAGAAAGUUGGUGGGAAAAAGGCGAAUCCUUUGAGGGAGAAAUGGGGGGAUUGGUUUGAUAAGAAAGGUGAUUUUCUGAGAAGGGAUAGGAUGUUUAAGUCGAAUUUGGAGGUUUUGAAUCCUUUGAAUAAUCCUUUGCUGCAAGACCCUGAUGGGGUUGGUGUUACUGGAUUAACUAGAGGGGAUAGAAUUGUACAAAAGUGGAUUUUGAGUGAGUUUAAGAAGGUCCCUUUUACUGGGAAGAAGCCUUUGGGGAUUUUGGAGAAGGGGUCAGAGGAUAAAAAAGGCGGUGAGGGUAAGAAAAACGAUAAUGCGAGGAAUGUGUUGAGCAAAAGAGAAAAUAGUAUUAAAGACUCGGGUUCGAAUACAAAUGGGAAUAAGACUAAUGAAAGUAAUAGUAGGAAGAAUGAGGUGAAGAAUGGAGGUUUAGAGGCUGAUAAGAUGAACACUGAGUUUUCAGGUCACAUAUAUGCUGAUGGAAAGAGAUGGGGUUACUAUCCUGGAUUAGAUUCUAGGCUGUCUUUUUCAGAUUUCAUGGAUGCAUUUUUAAGGAAAGGGAAGUGUGAUAUGAGAGUUUUUAUGAUAUGGAAUUCCCCUCCGUGGAUGUAUAGUGUUAGGCACCAAAGAGGGCUUGAGAGUUUGCUUGCUCAGCAUCGAGAUGCUUGUGUCAUAUUGUUCUCUGAAACGAUUGAGCUUGAUUUUUUCAAAGAAAGCUUUGUGAAAGAUGGCUACAAAGUUGCUGUUGCAAUGCCAAACCUUGAUGAAUUGUUGAAAGAUACGUUCACCCAUGCAUUUGCUUCUGUGUGGUUUGAAUGGAGAAAGACAAAGUUUUAUGCCAUCCAUUAUAGUGAGCUUGUGCGGCUUGCUGCUCUUUACAAAUAUGGUGGCAUUUAUCUGGAUGCUGAUAUUAUAGUUCUGAAACCAUUAUUGGCACUCAAUAAUUCUAUUGGCCUGGAAGAUCAGCUUGCUGGAAGUUCUUUGAAUGGAGCUUUAAUGGCAUUCAGAAAGCAAAGUCCAUUCAUAAAGGAGUGUUUGAAGGAGUUCUAUUUGACGUAUGAUGAUACCCAGUUGAGAUGGAAUGGGGCUGAUCUUUUAUCAAGAGUUGCAAAAAGGUUUUUGAACAAUCAGCGAGAGUUGAAUGUGUGGCCUUCCUUUGUUUUCUUCCCUAUUAGUUCUCAGCAUAUAACAAGAUACUUUGUUGCACCGACGACAGAAACUGAUAAAGCGCAACAAGAUACUUUAUUCCAAAAGAUUCUGGCUGAGUCCGUGACAUUUCAUUUUUGGAACAGCUUGACAUCUGCUCUCAUUCCGGAGCCAGAGAGCCUUGUAACCAGGCUUAUUGACUAUCACUGUAUUCAUUGCUUUGAUGUGUUGUGAAUUUCACUUCUCUCCUCGUCCUCAGUCUUGUCAGAGAAUUGAUCAAAGCAUUUUUUUUUUCUCUAACAGGCAGUUUGCAAAAUCUCUUGCUUCCUGUUAUUUUGAGAUUGUUCAAAAUUCUUAUAGAUGUACAGUUUUGUAAUUUCAUUUGUUUAUUUUAGCUAAAUGAUUAGGGCUGUCCUGCUUAUACGAAAUCAGAAUCAUUUUGUAAUUUAUUUGUUCAUUAGGUUCAGCGGAUAUGUACCUUGGCAUUGAGAGGCAAAUAAUACAUCACCUUUUCAGGGUAUAGGAUGGUUAAUGAAUAAUACUUAAUGAAUUUUCCAUGGGUU